CACAAUCUCGCGCCGAAGCCCGAACAACAGAGCUCCUACAAGUACUAGUACCGGUAGCAUAGAAGCCCUCAUAAUUGUUUGUCUCGUUGACUUGCCAUCCAUCCUUCACUAUCAAUCAACAUCAUCACAGCAGCUCAUGACGACACGACGCAACAAAUCUGAGGAGGCUGAGUUUUACAAUGACCAACUCAUGGACCCGUUCGCAGAGGGCGGCUUUCGCUAUGCGGCAGAGGGCGAGUUCGUCGAAGGAGACCGAAAGGGGCAAAAAGCAGUGUGUAAAUGGUUCAAGAAGGGACACGUUCAUGAAAGUAAGUUCUUCGAUCUCGAUAUCAAGGCAAUGGAGAAAAGUGUUGAGCUCGUGAAGUCUUGGAGUGACAAGAGAAUCAUUGAGCAACGUAUUAGAGUGAACGUUCCCGAGGUGUGGACGUUCGAGAAGAGCGAUUUUUUCCACGAAGACACAAAAGUGCUCGUUGAGCCAUUCAUUGAGAACUACAAGAAGUUCAACUCGAACACAGGAUGGCAUGACUCCUCUACACCCUGGCCGAAGGUUAUGCAGGCUUUGAGUCACUUCACCUACCAUGCAUCGAACGGAGACUAUCUUCUUUGCGACCUGCAAGGCGGAGUUGAUUCAAAGGGCGUUGUACUAACUGACCCUGCAAUCCUCUCCAAGAACAGUGAAUUUGGAUUGACAGACCUUGGGUCGAAAGGGAUAAGCUCAUUCUUCUCACAGCACAAAUGCAAUGAGUUUUGCCGUUCACACUGGCGGAAGCCCAACAAUCGUGCCCAAUAUUUCUCUCCCCAAGAAGGCACAUCAAUGUCCAGUUUUGCCACAAUGCCACCUCCUCCUCCACAAUUCGUCUUCCGAUCGUCCUUCAACAACUCGGAUUCCGUCUCUACGGCCAGUGGCUUUCCGACCAUGGCGCCUCCUCCACCGCGCCAACUCUCGUGUUCGUCAACUGAAAGUAGCAUCUCAGCAUUGGUGCCCCGGAAUUUGUUUCCGAUGAUGCCGCCACCUCCCAAGAGAAGCAAGCCCAGCAAGAACUUUUCACGCGUAGGAUACCUGCGAAACGUCAAUUUAUUUGGUUCUUUGCCAUCCGUGGAAGAAUGAAGGUCAGGCUUGAUGCAUACUGGCAUCUUAAUAAAAUGGCAGGUUGACCUCAGAAGCACUUGUGUUUGACAGGAGCUAGCUGAAUAAUGCAAAUACUAUCAAUUCAAUAGUGAACACGAUUCUAUACAAAG